ACCCGUGUGCCGUGAGACCAUCCUCCACUCCCAAUCCAACCCAAUCUCCUCCCCCGCCGCACGCCACCUCUGCUAUAUACACCCCCGACCCAAUCUCCCUCCCCUCCAUCUCGGCCCGAUUCGUUUCGCAUUCGAUUGCAGUUGUUGUUGUUGUUUUUGUCGUUGGUGGUGGUGGUGUUGUUGUGCCGGCUGAUUCGUCGUCUCCAUGGCGUCCAAGCGGAUCCUCAAGGAGCUCAAGGACCUGCAGAGGGAUCCCCCCACCUCCUGCAGCGCGGGUCCUGUUGCAGAAGAUAUGUUCCAUUGGCAAGCAACAAUUAUGGGUCCAGCAGAUAGCCCAUAUGCUGGUGGCGUCUUUUUGGUUACUAUUCACUUCCCUCCCGACUACCCAUUCAAACCACCUAAGGUCGCAUUUAAGACGAAGGUUUUCCACCCAAAUAUCAACAGUAAUGGGAGCAUCUGUCUUGAUAUCUUGAAGGAACAAUGGAGCCCUGCAUUGACAGUUUCAAAGGUUCUCCUUUCAAUCUGUUCUCUACUGACGGACCCAAACCCUGAUGAUCCAUUGGUUCCGGAGAUUGCGCACAUGUACAAGAGUGAUCGUGGGAAAUACGAGUCCACUGCUAGGAGCUGGACCCAAAAAUAUGCAAUGGGCUGACCUUCGGGUUGGAGGUGGAAGAUGAUGCAGUUGCCAUCUUCACUUGUUACAUCUAAUGUAUCUUGCCCUGCUAUAUAGGGACGCACUGUCCACCUGACUGAAUUAAAAUGUCAUAUUUGUCAUCUGAUGGCAGAAGGCCUAUAUGGGUGCACCCAUCCAUAAAAUUAAUCAAAAAAGGGAAACCUGGAACUUCCGGUUGUUUUGCU